UUCAGUGCAGCUCACGCGAAGAUGAUCAACGAAGGGCUCAAGUCAUCCGGCAGCAACGUCUACAUGACUGUCAACGGCGAGGAGAUGGUUCUCCCCUACGAAAGCCUGCUGAUCACAGGGACGGACAAGCCUUGCGUUCGAGGGUCGCCGCCUCUGCAACAGGGCAGCAUCAUUCUGGGGGAUGUGUUCUUCAGGAACUAUGCCGUCUUGUUCGACAUGGAACAUUCAUCGAGGGUGGAGCCAGCCACCAUCGGCGUCGCAAAGAUCAACGCGAACUACAAGAUCAUCCCCGAGUCGACUCCCAUCAUCCCCGUUAACGAGCUCGGCGAGCCUCUUGUGCGCAUGCACGUGCAUCGGGGAGUAGACAAACUGCCGAUCGAGGACAACUCGCAGGGCACUCAGUACUUCGUGCAGCUCACGAUCGGUACUCCCCCGCAGCUCUUCAAGUUGGCCUUCGACACGGGCUCUUCUACUCUCGGUGUUUUCGUGGCACCGCCGACCAUGAACGACGUCAUGUCCGAGGAGCUUGGCAGGCCCAUCCCGGUGGUUCCCCAAGAGCUCAUGAAGCAGGAGGCUCUCCUCCAGACCAAGGCAAGAGCCUUUCGUGCCCCCCCCGCGACGUCGCUAGUCCCCUGGCUUGUGCUGAGCCUCUUUGGCAUUGUCGUCGUCGUGCUGCUGGUGCGAGAGAGGAGGCGAAGGAUUGUAGACCCCCCCUAUGAUGUUCUAUGAUAAAACCUGAGCUGGAAUGUCAGCUCGUCGGUCU